UCAAGAUUUUCAGGCGGAACACCAACAAGAAGUCAUAGUCAUGGGUCCAGACAGCCAUUACAUGUACAACAAAACUGUAACUACAUGACACCCAGAGGAGGUCGAAUGUUCAAUCCAAGGAACAAUUCUGCAAGUCCAGACUUUAUACCGUUGGGUAUCAGUAGCCCUAUAAGAAGAGACAGGCAGAGCUGGGGCAAAAACAAUCACAGCAACAAUUCUAGUCUUUCUGGUUGGAGCUCACCUUCAAGUUCAAAUUCCAGUCCCCGUUUCAGCCCCUACAAUAAGCAUGGUUCCAGAGGAAAUUUCAGGAGAAGAGGUAGUUUUAAUAACUCCAACAACUCGCCCAUCUCCGCGUAUGUGUGUAAAGAUGCAUUGGAAGAUCCUUGGUUGGAACUUGAAAAGAAAAUGAAUUUACAGCAAAUUGUGAGAUCUGCAGAGCAACAAGAAAAGGCGUCGACUCCUACUAUUGUCCGAAGUAGUGACUCUGAUGUUUCUAGUGAUAAUGGUGAAGAGGAUGAUGGUGGAGAAUCAUAAAAUAUCAAUGUUUGUACAGAAUUCAUGAUUGUAUAUAUUUUUCCUGCAUA